UUACUUUAUUUUCCUUCCCUUUAUCUUCUUAAUCCAAUUUGGAAUUGUUUAUAAGGUUUUGGAAGCAUGUCGCGUUUUCAUCGGUUGAAAACCGUUUAUGAUAUUUCAUUAUUUCUCGCUCGACCACAAAUCGGUCAUUGCGUUGUUGAAGCUUGAUCUAAUUUUAUCGAAGAAAGUUUCCGACUUGGAGGGCCUGAACUUCUGAAUUUCUCGAUAAUUGGUUCAGUUCUCCGCUGUAGGGUAUUCCUGCGCAAUUGGAGAAUAUUUCACUGGUUCUUGUUUCUUUGAGAAAAAAUUGGAACUUUUCUGCAGGGGAAAAGCGAGAUUUCAGUUUAGCUAGGUUUUUGAUUGUUUGGCGAACAUGAGAUUUCUAAGUAUCAUGGGCAAUUCAUUUGGGUGUUCGGCGUCUGGAGAGAGACUGGUCUCUGCUGCAAGAGAUGGGGAUUUUCUGGAAGCAAAAGCUCUAUUGGAAUAUAAUCCUCGUCUUGCUAGGUACUCUACUUUUGGUGUCCGGAAUUCUCCUUUGCAUCAUUCUGCUGCUCAGGGUCACCAUGAGAUUGUAUCCCUGUUGCUUGAAUCCGGCGUGGAUAUUAACCUAAGGAACUACAGGGGGCAGACUGCUUUGAUGCAAGCUUGUCAAUUUGGUCACUGGGAGGUGGUUCAAAUUCUAAUGCUUUUCAAGGCUAAUAUACAAAGAACAGAUUAUAUCAAUGGAGGAACAGCUCUUCACUUUGCAGCUCUAAAUGGUCACAGCCGUUGCAUUCGUCUUCUCCUUGUUGAUUAUGUUCCAAGCUUACCUAGCUUUUGGAACAUUAUGAGGAGGUCAAACACUGAUGAUCCUACGUUAGAAUUUGAUGAGGGUUCCCUGCUCGAGGUAGUGAACAAAAAAGCAGAUGGAGGCAUCACUUCUCUUCAUAUGACAGCUUUGAAUGGGCAUCUUGAGAGUAUGCAGUUACUCCUAGACUUGGGAGCUUCUAUUUCUGUGGUCACUAUUGAAGAUGGAUCAACAAUUGACUUUAUAGGCGCAGGAAGCACGCCUCUCCAUUAUGCUGCAUGUGGUGGACAUGCAGCCUGCUGUGAAGUUCUCAUCGCUAGAGGUGCUAACUUGACUGCUGAAAAUGUCAACGGAUGGACUCCUUUGAUGGUUGCUCGGUCAUGGAAUAGAAAUUGGCUUGAGGGUAUUCUGAGCAGACAACAGAGUUCAAUGCACGUUCUUCCUUCGCCAUACUUAUCUCUACCCUUAAUGAGCAUCAUGACAAUCGCUAGAGAACAUGGAUGGAGAGGUACAAUCCAGUGUCCUCCAAGUUUUGAUCCUUGUGCUGUUUGUUUGGAAAGGACAUGCACUGUGUCUGCAGAAGGUUGUAGCCACGAGUUUUGCACUAGGUGUGCGCUUUAUCUCUGCUCGACAAACACCAUCUCCACCAUCAUUUCCGGCCCACCAGGAUCGAUACCUUGCCCCCUAUGCCGGAAUGCGAUCAUCUCAUUUUCGAGCCUGCCGUGUGGGAGCCCAAUCAGCGAACCGUCGAGGACCAGCCUAUCACUAUCCUUAUGCACAACAUGCCCGGCGGUCAGAUCAGAAUCAGAUGGUUCAGGGGUGAUCCAGUCAUGCAGGCCGGAUUUCGGCUGCACCGGUAUACCACCUCUUGGCUCUGCUUCCUUUAGAUCUCUUAGCUGCCAGAGAUUUUCAUCCAUGAGGUAUAGCUCCUCUUUCUGUAUGGGGGCUUCAGAGACCAGCCCAAGCCUUAUAAGAUGCUCAAGGUUUGGGUUAUCUCGUUCUUCUUCACAGAGGGAUAGUGGCAGAAGGCUUUGGAUAUUUGCUGCCAAUUAGCAUGUAACGGUCAUUUUUGGCUGCUAGAGUUGAUUGUAUGUAUUGUUUGGUUUUGGUUGAGUUCAUUUCACCAAUUCUUUGGUUGGUCCUAUUCUUUCA